GACCGAGUCAGGAGCUACCGACACGCGGGGCGCACCUGCUCCUGGGGGCUGGUCCCCGGGGCCAGCGCGAGCGGGGAUCCUGGCAGGACAGCCGGGCACCGCGGCCUGCUGCGCCUGAGGGCCAUGAGCUGUUCUCAACAUCUGGAGAGCCAAAGGAGCAGCCCCUCAUCCUCAGGACCUCAACACUUGUAGAGGACCCUGCUGUGCCAAGAAGAGCCUUGAUAAAAGGAGCCCACCACCAGGAAAAGGCCAAAGGCUGCAGCCUCCUCUAGCCCUGCCCAGGGUUUCUUGGGUCUCUCUCAAGCCCACAAAACUGGCAGGCAUCCAAAAUGCUGUGGAGCCCUCCGGUUCAGAGCUGAGAAGUCAGCAGUUUGGUCUUUAGUUGCAGCAAAAGGUCCUGGCAGGAUUUCUUCACUGGACCUCAUUGUGACUGAGGCUGGCCCUCUCCUGAUGAUCUGUAAAGCUGUGAUGGAUUUCUCUAAAGGCAAAAUAAAUUAAGGGAAGCAUCUUACUUGGAUCUGGAUCGAGGUUUAAAGUCAAACAGGGGGUCAUGUCCAGAAUUGGAUGAGUCGCCACAGACACUGCAGCACCGUGAAUAGGAUUUCAUGACACCUUAGCUCGACCGGGGCAGUUCCAUCAUUCCAGCGUGAAACUUCUGGGCCAGAGCCAUCAUCUUCUUCCUCAGCUGGGGAGAUUGCCUGAGGUUGCAUGGCAAGGCUGUGAAGGUCAGUCAAGACGUGCAUGACUGGAAAGCAAAGGAGAGGACGACACCCAUUGAGCUUCUAGCAGCCAAUUGGCCUGCAUCCUGACACCAUCUGACUUGGGUGAGAGAUAGGAUGAUAGCUGGGGAGGUGAGCAUGCAUAGCCCAAUUCUGGCCUGCUGGCAGCCUAUCCUCCUCCUGAUGCUGGGAUCCGUCCUCUCCGGCUCUGCCACGGGCUGCCCGCCCCGCUGCGAGUGCUUUGCCCAGGAGCGCUCGGUGCUGUGCCACCGAAAGCGAUUCAUCGCCGUCCCUGAGGGGAUCCCGACUGAGACCCGGCUCCUGGACUUGGGUAAGAACCGAAUCAAGACUCUCAACCAGGAUGAAUUUGCCAACUACCCUCACUUGGAGGAGCUGGAGUUAAACGAGAACAUUAUCAGUGCCAUUGAGCCUGGGGCUUUCAACAACCUCUUCAACCUCAGGACUCUGGGUCUCAGGAGUAACCGACUCAAGCUCAUCCCCUUGGGGGUGUUUACCGGACUGAGCAAUCUUACCAAGCUAGACAUUAGUGAGAACAAAAUUGUUAUCCUCCUAGACUACAUGUUCCAGGACUUGUACAACCUGAAGUCUUUGGAGGUUGGGGACAAUGACCUGGUCUAUAUCUCCCACCGGGCCUUUAGUGGCCUCAACAGCUUGGAGCAGCUGACGCUGGAGAAAUGCAACUUGACCUCUAUUCCCACGGAGGCGCUGUCUCACUUGCACGGCUUGAUUGUGCUGAGGCUGCGCCACCUGAACAUCAACGCCAUCAGGGAUUACUCAUUUAGGAGGCUCUACAGGCUUAAGGUCCUUGAGAUCUCUCACUGGCCCUAUCUGGAUACCAUGACGUCCAACUGCCUCUAUGGACUGAACCUGACGUCCUUGUCCAUCACCCACUGCAAUCUGACUUCCAUCCCUUACGUCUCUGUCAGGCACUUAGUUUAUCUCAGGUUCCUGAACCUGUCCUACAACCCCAUCCUCACCAUUGAGGGCUCCAUGCUGCACGACCUGCUCCGGCUGCAGGAGAUCCAGCUGGUGGGUGGGCAGCUCACCACUGUGGAGCCCUACGCCUUCAGAGGCCUCAACUACUUGCGCAUCUUGAACGUCUCCGGGAACCUGCUGACCACGCUGGAGGAAUCAGCCUUCCAUUCGGUGGGGAACCUGGAGACGCUCAUUUUGGAUAAUAAUCCUUUGGCCUGCGACUGCCGGCUGCUUUGGGUUUUCCGACGCCGCUGGAGGUUGAAUUUCAACAAGCAGCAGCCCACCUGCUCCACCCCUGAGUUCGUCCAGGGGAAGGAGUUCAAGGACUUCCCCGACGUGCUCCUGCCCAACUAUUUCACCUGCCGCCGGGCACGCAUACGAGACCGCAAGCCGCAGCAGAUCUUUGUGGAUGAGGGCCAUACGGUACAUUUUGUCUGCCGGGCAGAUGGGGAUCCGCCCCCCACGAUCAUGUGGCUCUCUCCCAGAAAGCACCUCAUCUCUACCAAAACCAACGGGCGGCUCACCGUCUUUCCCGACGGCACUCUGGAGGUGCGCUAUGCCCAGAUCCAGGACAAUGGCACCUACCUAUGCAUCGCCAGCAAUGCGGGUGGCAAUGACACCAUGCUGGCGCACCUUCACGUGCGGAGCUACUCCCCAGAUUGGCCCCACCAGCCCAACAAGACCUUUGCUUUCAUCUCCAACCAACCCAACGAGAGCGAUGCCAACAGCACGCGUGCCACCGUGCCUUUCCCCUUCGACAUCAAGACUCUGAUCAUCGCCACCACCAUGGGAUUCAUCUCCUUCCUGGGUGUGGUGCUAUUCUGUCUGGUGCUUCUCUUCCUGUGGAGCCGGGGGAAAGGCAACACAAAACACAACAUCGAGAUCGAGUAUGUGCCACGCAAGUCUGACGCCGGCAUCAGCUCUGCUGAUGCGCCGCGCAAGUUCAACAUGAAAAUGAUCUAACCCGAAGCAAUUUGCAAAUAAUAAAGUUUUUUUAAAAACAAAACAAAAGAAGAACAUUGCUACAAACAUACCGACCUCUCUCCUCCUCUGAACCACCCCUCCCCUCUCGUUCUAACCCCGGCUCUUCGCACCACCACCUCUUCCACCUCUUUAUACCAGGAGAACGUUCUGCUGAUGUCUCCAGGACUCCCAUGUUUGUCAGGAAGUAGUCUGAUGGAUGCCGGUGUCAGAUCUAAUGAUGAGAGGGGAAAACAAAAAAAGAAAAAUAAAAUAAAUCAAUAAAAAGUUACGAACUUUCCUCUGUAACUUUGAUUUAAAUAAUUAUGGAUUUUUAUGAAAAAAGUUGAAAUAAAAAAAACAACCUCCCUAUUUCCUAUAGAUAGUUGGA